AUGUCUCUAAGAUUGAUCAACGGCAUCACCGAAUUCGACAGAAUAGUCAACGGACAUCCACUGACGUUUUUUGGGGAACUCACUUGUCCGACAACGAAAUACAGUUGGAAUAAAUUUUUAGCCACGUUGCUCUUGUUUUACAUCAGUCUUCAAAUAUUCUCAAUGUGGCUAUGGCCGCCGGCAAGAUUUGACUUCAGCAUUGUCGUUAAAUAUUUUUUCGAGAUGCCGUGCAUCACGGAGUUCGUGAUUUUCGCCACGGCGUUCUUCUAUUUCCACAAUUUGGGAUCUAGAUUCGACAUGUUGAAUAGUCUCUGUAAGCGGUUACCCGACGGACUUGUCACCGCCACCGGCACACCGACACAAUCCGAAAUCACUCAGUUGGUAGAAAAUAUACGGUUAUUGCACGCCAAACUGUGCGAAUUGUUGCGUACCUUUAGUCUGGGCUACGGCGUGGUGAUGUUGUUUUACCUUGUGUUCAAUUUUUUGGAUCUCUUGCGGAAUUUUUACUAUUUGUUACACGUGUCCAGAUAUUCGUCGUCAAAUACAAAUAAUAACUUUAACACUUUGAACGUGUUACUGAUGGUUUCGUUUUGCUCACAAAACAUCAUCUUCGUUUUGAUUUUACUAAUUACAGUAUCUUGGAUAAACAAAAAGAAAAUGGAAAUCGUUUCGUUUCUAAGAUUAAUACAUAUUUCAAAACUACCAAUUGAUACUAAGUUACAAAUUAAAAUGUUUAUGAAUCAAUUGUCAACUUUUGAAUGGGAUCAAAUUACAGCUUAUGGAUUUUUUCCUAUGGAUUUAAGAUUUGUAAUAUCAUUUCUCUUAUUACUCACGACAACAUUGGCCACAUCGGUACAAAUGAAAGAACAUCCAUACAUGGUUAAAUUUAACAACGCGUACAAUUCAUAUUUGAAGUUCGAGUACUCAAACGUGCAUGAAUAA